AUGAUCGGCAUCCCCAAGACGCGUUCGCCGGAUGAAAAUUGGGCAGCGCCGGUCCAAGACGAGUUAAUGGUAUACAGCGUCCCUGGUUCUUAUUUUUUCCUAGCGUUCUCAAGGUCAGUGUUCUCAGUGUUCUGCCAAGGUCAGGCUUUUCAAUGCGCUGCCAAGGUCAGGCUCCUCAACACGCUGCCAAGUUCAGGUGCAUUGGAGAAACUCAUUCAUGAGUGCUCCCAUAACCAAGUUCAGGCACUGCAGGAGAAACUCACAAGUGCUCCGUUUAUGAUUACAGGCGCGCUGGAGAAGCUUACAAGUGCUCCAUUUAUGAUUACAGGUGCACUGGAGAAGCUUACAAGUGCUCCGUUUAUGAUUACAGGCGCACUGGAGAAGCUUACAAGUGCUCCGUUUAUGAUUACAGGCGUGCAGGAGAAGCUUACAAGUGCUCCGUUUAUGAUUACAGGUGCGCUGGAGAAGCUUACAAGUGCUCCCUUUAUGAUUAUAGGCGAGCUGGUGGACAAGAGAACUAGAUUAUGUAGGAUAGGGAUACAGUAUGAUGGUGUGCCGCUGUACGGAUAUGUAAGGUGGCGAGGUCGAAGAAUAUGA